AUGGGAGAAACCGAAUCUAAAGCCGCGAAUGGUGCAGUUCACGCCACUACCACCACGUCGGACUCGUCGACCGUCACCGCUGGACAGGACGAUCAGCCUCCUAUAGCGGAGCCCCCAGACCUAGCCAUAGAGAAGCCGAGAUCUCCUCACACCCUCUCUGCCCACGCCGUCGCGCUUGACCUCAAGUCGGACGUCGACGAUGGGUUGAAUAGCGAGGAGGCUGCCGCCCGCCUGGCUCGGGACGGCCCCAAUUCCAUCAAAGGCGCAAAGGGCAUCUCUCUGUACGAGAUCUUCAUACAGCAGAUCGCCAAUGCCCUGACUGUCGUCCUCAUCGCCGUGACCGCCCUGUCCUUUGCUAUCUCGGACUACGUUGAGGGUGGCGUCGUCGCCGCCGUCAUUGUCCUCAACAUCGUUGUCGGAUUGAUCCAGGACUACCGCGCUGAGCAGACUAUUCAGUCCCUCUAUGCUCUGUCCACUCCCAAGUGCAAGGUCAUCCGAGAUGGCCAGAGUGAAACUGUCAAGGCCGAAACGCUCGUCAAGGGCGAUAUAGUCUCCCUCGUCACUGGUGAUGUCGUACCCGCCGACCUGCGCCUUGUCCAAGGCAUUAACGUUUCCACCGAUGAGGCGCUCCUCACUGGUGAAUCUGUUGCCAUCAGCAAGAAGCCCGAGGCAGUAUUUACCGAUCAGGAUAUGCCCAUUGGCGACCGCGUCAACCUGGCCUACUCUGGAAGCUCCGUCACCCGUGGACGUGCCACCGGUAUCGUCAUCGCCACUGGUAUGGAAACCGAGGUUGGCCAGAUCGCUGAGCUCCUGCGCAAGACCAAGACCGACAACUCCGAAAGGGGUUUCCUCGGUCGUGCCCUGUACAACGCCUACCAGUUCACCCGCAGAAUCCUCGGUCUCGAGGGCACUCCUCUCCAGGUCACUCUCAGCAAGUUUGCCCUGCUCCUGUUUGCCUUUGCCAUUCUGCUCGCCAUCAUCGUCUUUUCCGUCAGCCUGUGGAAGAUUAGCGAUGAGGUCCUGCUCUACGGAAUCUGCGUUGGUGUGGCGGUCAUUCCCGAGUCACUGCUCGCUGUGUUGACCGUCACAAUGGCUGUUGCCACCAAGGCCAUGGUCCGCGGAAAUGUCAUUGUUCGUCAAAUGCCUUCUCUCGAAGCCGUCGGUGGUGUCACCAACAUCUGCUCCGACAAGACCGGUACCCUGACCCAAGGACGCAUGAUUACCCGCAAGGUUUGGCUUCGCGGUAACCUCUCGGGAACCGUUGAAGGCACUGCGAACCCAUAUGAUCCCGGUAGCGGCACCGUCCGCUGGGACGCCGACCUAGCUGGAAGCUGUCUGAACGCCUUCCUCAGAACCCUUACUCUCUGCAACAACGCCACUGUCACGGACGGCAAGAAGGAACCGGAGACCGACUCUAGUAGCGUCAUCACCGCUUCUGAAGAUGCUGAAUGGAAGGCUGUUGGUGAGCCCACCGAAAUCGCCCUCAAGGUCUUUGCCAUGAGAUUCGGGCAGAACAGGGCUCCCAACGAUACGCUGGUUGCUGAGCAUCCCUUUGACUCGUCUUGCAAACUCAUGAGUGUCGUGUACGGCAACGAGGUCGAACAGACCCGUCAGGUCUACACCAAGGGUGCCGUUGAGGUUCUCUUGACCAAGCUCAAUGAGACGGAAGAGUUCAAGAAAGAAAUCCUCGCCAAGGCCGAGGAGCUUGCUAGUCAAGGUUUGCGAGUGCUGUGCAUCGCCACCAAGGCUAUGAAUGGCAAUGUCCAAGACUGCCACGAGCGAGCCAAGGUCGAGGACCAACUCGAGUUCCUUGGUCUCGCCGGUCUCUAUGACCCCCCUCGCCCUGAAACUGCCGGAGCUGUGGCCCAGUGCCGCGCUGCUGGUGUGACUGUUCACAUGGUCACUGGCGACCACAUCAAGACCGCCACGGCCAUCGCGUACGAGGUUGGUAUUCUGAACAAGGACGUUCCCCUCAAGACCAACACCGUCAUGGCGGCGGCCGACUUUGGUGCUCUUAGCGACGCCCAGAUCGACGCUCUGGAUGAGCUGCCCGUCGUUCUUGCUCGCUGUAGCCCCCUGACCAAGGUCCGAAUGAUUGAGGCGCUCCAUCGCCGCAAGGCCUUCUGUAUCAUGACUGGUGAUGGUGUCAAUGAUUCGCCUGCCCUCAAGCAGGCCGACGUUGGUAUUGCCAUGGGAGACCGUGGCAGCGAUGUAGCCAAGGAAGCUGCCGACAUGGUUCUGACCGAUGACAACUUUGCCUCCAUCGUCACUGGUAUCCAAGAGGGCCGACGGCUUGCCGACAACAUCCAGAAGUUCCUUCUGCACCUUCUCACAUCCAACCUGGCGCAAGUCAUUCUCCUUCUUAUCGGACUUGCUUUCAAGGAUGUCAAGAAUGUCGCCGUGUUCCCUCUGUCCCCUCUUGAAAUUCUCUGGGCCAACCUUGUCACCUCCUCACCUCUUGCCCUGGGUCUCGGCUUGGAGGAAGCCUCUCCUGAUAUUCUCCGUCGACCUCCCCGCAGUCUUCGCUCUGGCGUCUUUACUCGGGACUUGGUUCGCGACCAGCUCGUGUACGGCUUCUGCUCUGGCUCCCUCUGCCUGUGCGCCUUUAUGCUCGUCAACUACGCAUCGUCCGGCAAGGGUUAUCACUCUAUGCCGGCCGACUGCAACGAAGCUGGAACAGAGGGCUGCGAUCUCGUGUACCGUGCUCGCGCAACUACCUUUUCCACGCUGAGCUUCCUCCUCCUGGUGACGGCGUGGGAGGUGAAGCACUUCCACCGCAGUCUCUUUGCGAUGGACGAGCGAUGGUCUGGACCGUUUUCGGUUUUCAAGACCAUCUACCACAACCGAUUCCUCUUCUGGUCAGUUGUUUUUGGCUUCGUCAUGAUCUUCCCCGUGGUGUACAUUCCCUACCUCAACACUGAGGUGUUCAAACACAAGGGACUCACCUGGGAGUGGGGAGUCGUGGCGGGCUGUGUUGUCAUGUACAUUGGUCUUUUGGAAGUCUGGAAGGCGUUCAAGCGACGAAUGGGCCUGGGAAUCGACACGCAUCCCAUGGCUCAGGGUCAGCCUGAGGUCUAA